GAUAGCAACAAUGAAAAAUUAUGUUGUGUUUGUAUUUGUAUUGGCUAUUAUUUUUAUAAAUGAGACCCAAACUUCCGAAAUUUUGGUUGUUGCCCCUAUGCCCUCUUACAGCCAUUUUUCAAUACCUUUCAAACUUUCAAAAGAAUUAGCAAAGCGGGGACACAAAGUGACUUGCAUUAAUCCAUACCCACAGAAAGCACCGAUCAAAAACUAUGUUGAUAUCUCAGUUACAGAAAAUAUCGAAGUGAUGGAAGAAAUUAGGAAACAGUUAUUUGAUAUGAAUAAAUUUGGCGUUAUCGAAAACCUGACGUUUAUUUUUGAUAUGAUUAAACUUCUUGUAGACAGAACUAUGACUAAUAAAAAUGUCCAAGAUUUGUUAAAAUCUGACAAAAAAUUUGAUGUUGUAAUAAUUGAAGAUUUUUUAAACGAAGCUAUGUUUGGAUUAGGUUAUCAUUAUAAAGCUCCAGUGAUCCUCAUUUCUGCAACUACGACAAGCGAUAUGAGUAAUUACAUUUUUGCAAAUCCAGCCCCCGCGUCUUAUGUUCCUGGCAUGGGAGGAACUCUAACAAAAUGUAUGAAUUUCUGGCAAAGAAUUGAAAAUGUGUUAACAAAAAGCGUUUUCUAUGGAUUACUACACUUAUAUCACCUUCCACAGCAAAGGGAACUGUUUCAUAAAUACAUAUCCAACGACACGGAUUUGGAUAGUAUUAUUUACAACACGAGCUUGAUGUUGACUAAUUCACACGUCAGUGUUUCGGAUGCUGUUCCUCAUGUACCAAGUAUUAUUGAAAUUGGAGGAUUUCAUGUAAAUCCCCCGAAAAAAUUACCUGAAGACUUACAAAAAUUCCUCGACAAUGCCACUGAGGGUUUCAUUUUAUUUUCAAUGGGUUCUAAUUUGAAAAGUGAUGAUUUAAAACCGGAAGUGCGAGAUGGAAUAUUAAAAGCUUUUUCGAAAAUUAAAGAAAAAGUGUUAUGGAAAUUUGAAAAUGAUUUACCAAACCUUCCAAGCAAUGUUAAAAUCAUGAAGUGGAUACCACAACAAGACGUUUUAGCACACCCAAAUAUUCGAGCCUUUAUUAGCCAUGGUGGAUUCCUAAGUACUGUUGAAGCCGUCUAUCAUGGAGUCCCCAUAGUUGGUAUUCCUGUUUUCGGGGAUCAAAAAUAUAACAUUGCAACGGCUGAGCAGGAUGGAUAUGCUAUAGGAAUUCAGUUGAACGAUUUGUCAGAAGAAACAUUAACUCGUGCUUUGAAUGAAGUACUAAUAAAUCAAAAAUACAGAAAUGUCGUAAAACAAAGAUCAACAUUAAUGCACGACCGGCCAAUGACACCUGUCGAAACUGCCAUAUACUGGGUGGAGCAUGUAAUUCGUCACAAAGGUGCCCCUCAUUUAAAAUCUAGCGGAGUUGAUUUGAAGUGGUACCAAAGGGAAAUGAUUGAUGUUGUGGUUUUCCUAAUUUUGGUCGUAUCUCUCAUACUUAUAACAAUUUUAGUCAUUGUCAAAAAGUUAUUACAAUUUGUGUUUAGUAAAAGCAAGAAGAAUGUUAGCAACAAGAAGAAAAGUCAAUAGCAUAGAUAAAAAAUUUAAAAAAUGUAAAAUUUAAAUUUUUUUGCAUGUUUUAAAAAAUAAAUAUUUUUAAUAUAGGUA